AUGUCGGACUCGGAGGAGGAGGAGAGUCCGGACCACCAGCUCAAGCUGGUGGUGCUGGGGGACGGCACCACUGGCAAGACGUCCUUAGCUACACGUUUUGCUCAAGAAACAUUUGGAAAACAGUACAAACAAACCAUAGGACUGGACUUCUUCUUGAAAAGGAUAUUGUUGCCAGGAAAUUUGAAUGUAACUCUUCAAGUGUGGGAUGUGGGGGGACAAACGAUAGGAGGCAAAAUGCUGGAUAAAUAUAUUUAUGGAGCUCAGGGUAUUCUCUUGGUUUAUGAUAUUACCAAUGGCCAGAGUUUUGAAAAUUUGGAAGACUGGUAUAAUGUGGUAAAAAAAGUGAAUGAAGAAUCAGAAAGACAGCCACUUGUGGCCUUGGUUGGAAAUAAAAUUGACUUGGAGCAUAUUCGCACAGUGAAAGCUGACAAGCACCAGCGAUUUUGUCAGGAAAACAAUUUCAGUAGCCAUUUUGUGUCAGCCAAGACAGGAGAUUCUGUCUUCCUGUGUUUUCAGAGAAUUGCUGCUGACAUACUCGGUGUCAAAUUAAACAAAGCAGAAUUGGAACAAUCACAGUGUAAAAACUGCAUGGGGUACGGCUUUGUUCCUUGGCAUUGGCAAGAGCAUGUUGUCAGGGCAGAACUAGUGAAAUAUCCUGAAGAAGAUAACCAACAUCCCACUUCCAACUGCCAGAGCAAGGUCUGCUCAGUGCAGUAG